AUGCAAGCACUCAAAUGUGUCGUUGUUGGCGAUGGAGCUGUAGGAAAAACAUGUUUACUGAUAUCUUAUACAACAAAUACAUUUCCAGGUGAAUAUAUUCCAACUGUCUUUGACAAUUACUCAGCAAAUGUAAUGGUAGAUGGAAAACCAAUCAAUUUAGGAUUAUGGGACACGGCUGGUCAAGAAGAUUAUGAUCGAUUACGUCCAUUGUCUUAUCCACAAACUGAUGUAUUUUUAAUUUGUUUUUCAUUAGUUAGUCCAGCAUCAUUUGAAAACGUACGAGCAAAAUGGUAUCCAGAAAUCAGUCAUCAUUGUCCGAAUACUCCCAUAGUAUUGGUGGGCACAAAACUCGAUUUAAGAGACGAUAAAGUAGCCAUUGAAAAAUUGAAAGAGAAAAAAUUAAAUCCAAUAACAAGUAUUCAAGGUGAAUCGAUGCGUAAAGAAGUGGGUGCAAUUAAAUAUUUAGAAUGUUCAGCAUUAACUCAAAAAGGACUUAAAACUGUAUUCGAUGAAGCUAUUCGAGCACAUCUAUGUCCAAAACCAAAACCAAAAAAAAAACCAUGUACACUACUUUAG